CCAUGGCGAUUGAAAAGUGAGAGUUGAUGUCGAUCGGCAUCCCACAGUUGAUCGCGAAGCGGCCUGGCUAGCGGACGUGUCCAGCUGCGAUCCCCGAAAGAAAACCCAUCGAAGAAUCCGAAAUGAAUCUGUCAGUUCCGGUGCUCAUUGUGGCCCUCAUCUGCCUGGGAGUUGCGUCGGCAUACCCCCAACUGAGGCAGCGCAACGAGAAGCAGGUCCAGACCGGAGAGGAGGAUUUGCCCUCCAAAGGCGCCACUAUUGAGGAAGUAGUGGUGGAAUCUGCCUUGUACAUCAAACCGAAAUCGAACCCUCAAGUGCGACGCGUUCGUUCCGUUUUGAAUCAAGGAUCAGGAGUCACCCACAAGCGGGUGAAGCGUCAGCGUCAGCGAGGAUUCGGUGAUCGGUAUGCCGGAAAUCCUGGAUUCGGCAACGGUUUCGGUGGUAAUCAGGGAUUUGGCGGCAAUCAGGGAUUCGGUGGUAAUCAAGGAUUUGGUAUAAAUGUGCAGGCAGGCACAUCGGCCGGAGCUGGAGGAACCAAGGCGGGCGUGGAUGUUGGAGCCGGACCGGAUGGCGGCAAUGCCAACGCCAAUGUUGAGUUGAAUCCAUUGGGACCACUCGGACCAAAUGGCUACAACCAGGAGCAGGCCGCCUCAAAUGGGGCUGCCCACAAUAACUACAACAAUGGACUGAACUCCGGCUCCUCGGCGGCCAUUGGACAGGCGCAGGGCUUCCAAUCGCAGAGUGCAAAUGGAUCUUUCGGUGCCUCCUCCGCCAGCACGGCUACUCAGUCCCAGAACUUCGGUCCCUUUGGGUCCAAUAAUGCGGCAGGUGCCUCGUUGAGUCAGGUGUAUCAUCUGCCCAAUGGACAGACGAUCAACUUCAGCUCCGGCAACUCCUUCGCCAACGGAGGAGCCAACCGGGGCAGUAGCCACGGAUCGGCGGUUUCCGUGAGCCGCUAAGAGCAUGGUGCACUUUGCAGGGAAAAUACCUCCAAGUUAAUCCAUUGUCAGCAAUCCUAUGUGCAAAUGUCUAAAAUAUGCAAAUAAAAAUUUAUGAUUGAGUCGAA